AGCCUUUUUUCCGCCCUGACAGCUGCAGUCCAAGUUGUACCUGAAUGCAGCGCCGCUGCUGACUGCUCCUCAGUGGUUGUGUCUCUGUGGGACUUUUCACGGGGACGGCGGACAAGGACAUAAUGCCCCUCCGGGAGUCACUCACCCACGGGUGUUUCAGGACGGGUUAGAACAAAAAGAAAACACUGUCCGCCAUUUCAAAUAUCCACUUUGGAUCUACCUUUCUACACAUCUGGAUGUUUUUGGUCUUCUUUCUUCUUCUUCUGCUGCUGCUUCUUCUUCCCCUCCAGAGUACAGUUCUCCUUUCCUGAAGAACGGUGACUCACUGCAGGCAGGAGGCGAGACGCUGCAUCCUAAUCAGACAAGCGGAGAGGACUUCAGCUCAUUGACAUUGCAGUCAUACUUUUCUGGAGCACUUCUCCCCCCCCCCCCCACUGCGCCGCACUGUAGUCUGCGUGUGCAGCGGAGGCUCGUCGCUUUUCUUCCUGCACGGAGACCGGGAGGAGGAGACGGGCGGUAGCCCACUGAAGUGCUACGGGGGAUGAAACUCUCCCUGAACCCUGCUGCAAGUGACUGUUUGGCUUUCUGACAGUUGACGUUCUACCUUUCGGACUAUAUUGACAUGCGGCGUUUCCUUUUGGUGGCAUGACUGAACUCUUACAAUGACUAUUCUGUUUGGAGACUGGAUUGCGUUUAUUGCUCAGAUGAGUCUGGGCGCUCAACUGAAUAUAAAUUAGGUGUUCAGCGCCACAGAUUGCUGGAGGAGGCAGAGGAAGAGAGAGACAGCGCAAAGACGAUCCACAAAGACAAAUGCCAAGGCAUCAUAUGAUGAACAGAACUCUUUAUUUGAUCCAGAUUAACAGAAACACCAAAUUUGAACAAAAUAUCAACAGGUCGAAGGACGCGUAAUCGCAACACAUUAUACCAGCUUUUACGGAGUGGGCAUGUAUCUUUCUAUUUUCUUUUUCCUCUUGUUAUGGGCUCGAGCCCUGACAUUUAAAAACUUGAAUUACUCUGUCCCGGAGGAGCAGGGUCCGGGGACAGUGAUUGGGAACAUUGCCAAAGAUGCCAGACUCGGAAUUGAACAGGUUGGGCCGGGAGGACAGGGUAAGAAAGCCAACUUCAGGGUGCUGGAGAACUCCGCUCCGCAUUUAAUCGACGUGGACCCCACCAGCGGGCUGCUGUACACAAAGCAGCGCAUCGACAGGGAGACCUUGUGUAAGAGAAACCCCAAGUGCCAGCUAUCCAUGGAGGUUUUUGCCAAUGACAAGGAGAUCUGCAUGAUCAAAAUAGAUGUUCAGGACAUUAACGACAACUCUCCUGCCUUUCCUUCGGAUCAGAUUGAUAUUGAGAUUUCUGAAAACGCAGUGCCAGGGACACGCUUUCCCCUGACCAGCGCGCAUGACCCAGAUGCAGGGGAGAACGGCUUGAAAACCUAUCAAAUAACACGCGAUGACUACAAUCUCUUUUCCUUGGAGGUAAAGUCCCGUGGGGACGGGACUAAAUUUCCAGAAUUAGUCAUUCAACGGCCAUUAGACCGAGAAGAACGAAACCAUCACACCCUUAUCUUAUCAGCCACAGAUGGGGGGGAAUAUCCCCGAUCAGGUAACAUGCAGAUAAAUGUUAAAAUUAUCGAUUCCAAUGAUAACAGCCCCGUGUUUGAUCAGCCCAUAUAUGUUGUGGAAAUUCCUGAAAAUUCACCUCCCGGUAAAGUGUUGAUCGAUUUAAACGCCACUGAUCCUGAUGAGGGCAACAAUGGACAAGUAGUCUAUUCUUUUAGUGGCUAUGCCCCAGAGAGAAUCCGGGAGCUCUUUUCCAUAGAUUCCAGAACAGGGGUCAUAAAGAUUCAGGGUGAAAUUGACUACGAAGAGAGCCCAGUCAUUGAGAUUGACAUCCAGGCAAAGGAUCUAGGUCCCAAUCCAAUCCCAGGCCAUUGUAAAGUCACCGUUAAAGUGCUGGACAAGAAUGAUAACUGGCCGUAUAUAGGCUUUGUGUCUGUGAGACAGGGAGCCAUCAGCGAGGCAGCACCUCCAGGCACUGUCAUUGCUUUGGUCCGUGUCACAGACAAGGACUCAGGCAGAAACGGGCAGCUUCAGUGCAGAGUACUGGGUAAUGUCCCUUUUAAACUUGAGGAGAAUUAUGAUAACUUCUUUACUGUGGUGACGGACAGACCCUUAGACAGAGAGAUGCAGGAUGAGUUCAAUGUCACCAUCGUGGCCAAAGACAACGGCAUGCCUCCUCUAAACUCCACAAAGUCCUUCACGGUAAAGAUUUUGGAUGAGAAUGACAAUGUUCCUCGCUUUAGCAAGUCAGUUUACCUUCUUCAAAUACCUGAGAACAACAUCCCUGGGGAGUACCUAGGUUCAGUUCUGGCACAUGACCUAGACCUCGGCCAGAAUGGCACAGUGUACUACAGCAUAGUCAACUCCAAUGUGAGUGGGGGUGAUGUCAACACCUAUGUUAAUGUAAAUGCUGCCAACGGAGCCAUCUAUGCAGUGAGAUCUUUUAACUACGAACAAAUCAAAUAUUUUGACUUCAAGGUUCUUGCGAGAGAUGCAGGCUCUCCACACCUAGAGAGCAACGCUACAGUGCGCAUCAGUGUUCUGGAUGUCAAUGACAACAUCCCUGUUAUCGUUCUGCCCCUGCUCCUAAACGACACGGCUGAAAUCCACGUGCCGCGCAACGUUGGUGUCGGCUAUAUUGUCACCACGGUGAAGGCGGUGGAUAAUGACUAUGGCGAGAGUGGGAGGCUCACAUAUGAAAUCUCUGAUGGUAAUGAGGAGCACCUGUUUGAGAUUGAUCCAGUGACCGGGGAGGUGCGAACAGCCCACCCAUUCUGGGAUGAUGUGAACCCUAUUGUGGAGCUGAUCAUCCGAGUGUCUGACCAUGGCAAGCCAACUCUCACCGCCGCCGCCAGGCUCAUCGUCAAGGCAUCCAACGGACGCCCUCCAGAUGGGCUGCCACGCACAAAGGACAAUCAGAACUGGGACAUGUCCCUGCCUCUUAUUGUAACUCUCAGCAUCAUAUCCAUCAUGCUUCUGGCAGCCAUGGUGACCAUCGCAAUCAAGUGCAAGCGAGAAAACAAGGAGAUCCGUACCUAUAACUGUCGCAUUGCUGAGUACUCGCACCCUCAGCUCGGGAAAGGGAAGAAGAAGAAGAUUAACAAGAACGACAUCAUGCUGGUGCAGAGCGAGGUGGAGGAGCGGGAUGCCAUGAAUGUGAUGAACGUGGUAAGCAGCCCUUCCUUGGCCACCUCUCCCAUGUACUUUGACUAUCAGACACGCCUGCCACUCAGCUCACCAAGGUCAGAGGUCAUGUACCUCAAGCCCACUGGUAAUAACCUCAGCGUGCCCCAAGGCCAAGUGGGAUGCCACACCAGCUUCACAGGCCCAGUCACCAGCACUACAGACACACCUACUAACCGCAUGUCCAUCAUACAGACGGACAAUUUCCCCACCGAGCCUAAUUAUAUGGGUAGCAGACAACAGUUUGUUCAAAGUAGUUCGACAUUCAAAGACCCGGAGCGAGCGAGCCUCCGAGACAGUGGUCACGGCGACAGUGACCAGGCUGACAGCGACCAGGACACGAACAAAGGCUCCUGCUGCGAUAUGUCUGCAAAAGAGGCCCUUAAGAUGAAGGCUACAGGCGUGAAACCGCCACCUUUGGAACAAGAUGAGGACUGUGUGAACUGCACGGAGGAGUGCCGAGUACUAGGUCAUUCUGACCGCUGCUGGAUGCCCCAGUUCCCCGCUGGAGAAAACCAGGCAGAAGGUGUUGACUACCGCAACAACAUGUUCGUGCCAGCAGGCAUGGAGACUGUGCCCGAGACGGAGACCUACGAGACUGUCAACCCCAAUGGCAAGAAGACCUUCUGUACAUUUGGAAAAGAGAGGCGUGACCACACCAUCCUGGUUGCUAAUGUGAAGCCCUACUUGAAGGCGAAACGAGCCCUCAGUCCACUGCUCCAAGAGGUACCUUCAGCUUCCAGCAGUCCCACCAAGGGCUGCUCCACCAUGUCUCCUUGCUCGUCAGUCAAAAGCCCAGCUGACGGAGCUGAAGGCAGACCGCCUCCUGCCACCUGCUCUGGCCACUACGGGCCUCCUGAUGGUCAGUACCUGUCACCAACCAAACAAACCAGAGACCAGGGGGUCUACCCACCCUUGCCUCCCUCAGACCCGGUAGCCAAGGUGCUCGCAGAGGCCCGCUCUAGGAUCAGCCAAGAGGCGACGGGGGAAAUGGAGUGUGUUCUGGAGCAGGUCGAGCCGGACGGGAGCCGUGAUAGAAUGGACGCUGACCAGGUGGUGAGAGACAUCGACAAACUAUUGCAGGACUGCAGAGGAAGUGAGGCCACUGGAACACUCAGGAAGUGACACAAGUGACUCCGAAAAAAUAGAGGUAGAGAGGAAUAUAAAGCUAUUCUAAGAACUCUCACGCCAAAACUCACCAAAAUAAAGAAAAAAGGUUAAACAGCUCUUCUGAUAUGAGCUCUUUUCACUGUAUUUGUUUUUGCCGACAUUGGACGGACGAUGGAAACAUUUAUUAUGUCAGUCAUUUUCACCAGUGUGGUGUUAGGAUCCCCACCAACAAAAAUGAACUGGGUAACAAACAUCUGUAUUCUGCUGAAUUUAUAAACUCUUUUUGUUUUGGUUUCUUAAGCAAAUUGCAGAGGCUUAUGCCUCUAGCACCUCGCAAGCUAUUAUCUAAGUGCCCACCAGCUCACAAGUGUGUUGUUCAUGGUCUCUCGUGAAAUCCUACAUGUGUAGGUGGAUUUCUGUUAUGUGUGAUGGCCAUAGAAACUGAAUUAAAAAGAGGACUAUUUAUGGUCAGACAUGACAAUCGAUGUGAAAAGAGUGAAACAAAUUUUAAUCUGUUUGGGACGGUGAAAGAUACACAAAACAACCUUAUCUCUCUUGACUUAAAUAUAGGUGUUUAAUGUAUGAUCGAUACUGUAUCUGAACAUAAAGGGAUUGGUUAAUCAGGUGUGUGUUCACAGGGAUUGGUUCUGGACUCGAAGAGACGGGGCGGGGGGCUUAAUUGCUACGCUGAAGGGGAAUUAUUAACAGUGUAACCACGUCUCACUUGUCAUUUGUAGCCACAUGUGUACACUGUGUCUGUCUCACGCCUCUAUUUAAACAUUCAUGUUGCUGACUGGUGUAGUUGCAUCACCAAGUGUACACAUUUUACACAUGCGCACCACACUUUGCUCAUACACGUGCUGACAUGCUCACAUGCACUGAUGCCCCUACAGACACACACACACACACACACACUAACGCUUACACACAAUCUGUGUACUUGUCUUAUUCAUGGACAUCAUCAGCUUUCAGUCCCUUGUGUACAGUGAAUUACCAUGUGUGUGACUUUGCCUUAAGGCAAUCACAGGUUGUAUAAAAAGGGACAUUUUUUCAUUAACUGUGAAAAGAUGAAAUCUAUAUGAUUAUAUAGAUGAUUAUGUAUGAAUUCAUGUAUAGUGUCCAAAUAUUAACUACAUAUUUAUACAUUUUCUAAGAAAAAUAAAUAAAUGAGGAAUCUCAGCAAAAAGUGUCCUUUAGUUAAAGUCACGUGUGGGGUAUUAACUCAAAGAACUGCAAAGGACACUGCCAUUGUUCCGAAGACAAAUAUCCCAAAAUAUAAAUAACAAGAAAUUGUCCCUUCACAUUAUCACUAUACAUAAUAUCAUUAUAUGUGUAAAUGUAUCCAAUUUAGAUGUGUUUACAUUAAAAAAAGACAUAUUUUUAUUGAUUUUACUGCAAUUUCUGUGCAUUUGAGCCAAAUUGUUAUGUGUACAAAAGCUAUAUUGUGCAUUUUAUUAAAUUAAUAUAUUGUUGUGUUGCAAUAUACAUGGGCUUAUAUUGUAUUUGGCAAACGUUGCCUUAGUAGCUGUCGAACUCUGUGAGUUUGCUUUAGUUUGGGUUUUUGUUGGUGUUUCUUUUCCUCUAUUCUGCAUCUUUGCAGGCUGGCUUCUGUGCUUUUGAGAUGUCGCCUCUUUUUACCCGAAGGUCCGGCUGGAUCAAAUACAAUAACUGUUGAAGCUUAAUGAGCCAGCUGAUUUAGAAUACAAUUCAAACCGACAACAAAAAGCAACAACUGCAAGAUAAUAGUUUGAAUAUUUUUACUGAGCAGAUUUUUACAGGGCAGCUAUUUUCUUUAACAAUAUCUAGUACGCGUAUCUCUUGUGUUCCAUAUGUUUUUGCUUUUUUUUUCUUUAAAAAAAGAAACCUGCCAUAUUGAAAGUGGAGUGGUUUCCUUGGUGAUCAUAAAACUGCCUUACUGUCUCUGCGGAGAGCUUGUUGUAUCUGUGGAGCUUGUGACUGCUUAUAUAGCCCUGGUCCACCAGAAUGUGCAUUUUUCUAUUAAGGACCCAAAGAGGUUCUUUUUCAGUAGUCUGUGUUGUUUAUGUGUGUACUCCUUCUCAAUACAUGUUAGAAUUCUCCUAUUUUGCAGAGAAACAUCUGAAAUUCUAUCAAAAGUUACUUUGGAUUCGAUGUCUUAGCUGUUUAGGUACACGGUUUAUACAACCAAGUGUCUUCACAUUCAGGCUUUCUUAAAAGAAAUGAUACAGACAUUUAUUUUUGAAAAUUUUGGCACAUUUCGGCCACUCUCUGAAAUAAGGGAGGUGCUUUUUCUUAUAUACUCUGAUAGUAAAUAAAAAAAGCAGAACAGUAGGCUAUUAGACUAGAUGUGUUUUGGAAAAUAUGACUACAAUCACCAAAUCUAUGUUCGAUGCAGCCAUGAGAAGGAACAGUGACUUGCAUUCAUAUGGCCCCCGGUGUGCUUAUCGUAAAGUGUUUCUGAGCUGAGUUGGACUCUCGACAGCAGAUAUGAUGCGUUUUAUCUUGCAGACAUGUCACAACAGAGUAUUUGGGUAUUUCUGUUCUUGCUUCUUUUCCCUAAUCGAGAGACAUGUUUGGACAUUAUCCUGUCAUUCUGCCAUUCUUCUGUAUCUUUUGCCAUCUCUUUUUUUUCACUCUUCAUUUGCUUACUUUUCUUCUCUUCAGUUGUUUGCUUUCUCGCCUCUAAGGGAGCAAAGCAGUUAGCUUUUCUCCUCUCUUUCGUCUGCAAAGUAUUUGGUUUUGGUUUACUCAUGCUCUUUUUCUAGGAGAUGGCAGAGGCUGUUUUUAGAAGAAUCGACUGAGGAGUAAAUUAUUUAUGGUUAUUUUUAAAUGAAACUUUUUUCUCUAUCUCUCUCAAAUAUCUGAAUAAAUCGAGCAAGUCUGACAUUCACAUCACACAAUCAGGUUAAAUUGUGCUUUUUAAAGUGUGCACUGUGAUCUUGACAAUCAUGCUGUUCCAUUUGUGCACAUGCACACGCAUGCACGCACGUACACUAACACUAGGGCACUUCGGCAGCACACUGCCUUUCACUUAAAUGCAACUUCAUUUCAUGUUUAACCUUCAACGAUAAUGUGAAGGCCGAAAGAGAGGUCAAAACACUAGCCAAACAAAUGUGACACUUCUUCAUGGUUUAUUUUCUUUUCUAUUUCAUUGUGCUUGGUCUUCAUGCUGGAUCAAGCAUUCUCUAGCGUAUGUGUGUGUGUGUGUGAGAGAGAGAGAGUGUGUAUGCGCGUGCGCUUGAUGUGAUUUCAUGCCCAUUAUUCUUUAACUAAACUAUUUCUUUCUUAUUUAAUUUCUGUUACACAAGUACUCUGUGUUCUCCUCUUUUUUUGGGCAUCAAUUAAAACAAAGUGCAGAGGUCAACUCAGGACUGGAUCUUUGGCUCAGUCUGGCUGCCACAAACAGCCACUGUCACACUUCAGGCACAUUUAAAGUGCUGUCCCCUUGAAUGGAGGUCCCCUGGCUUAGCCGCUGUCUACCCUCGCAAACUGUGGGCAGAAAAUGAACUGGGUCCAGUGGAUGGAAGGUCAUCUUUAAAGCCAUGGCCCUUUCUCUCAGGCUAUUUGCUGUGUUAUAGAGCAGAGGCUGCUGCUGAGGUCAACACAUAGUUGGAGAUUGAGCAUAAUGCAAGGCCUCUCAUUACUGUCUAAUUACACACUGUUGGCAUCAUACACUGUUUGCAGUGCAUUACUCAAAUCUAGAGUUGGUUAUUUUUGUCCACUGGAGACGGUCGGUUGUACCAAGUGAUCGGGACUUGGCCUUUUUGAAUGUGGCUCACCGCCUCUGGUCUCUGACUGAAGCAGGUGCACACAGACUCAGACAGCCACCGCUUCACACACACACACAGAAUCAACAUGUCAUUUUGGUUAGUUGAAACAAGCACCCAAUGUUUGUCAGUGUCGUCCCAUCACCCCCACCCCCAAGCCCACACUGAUAGCAUAGGGCUCCAUGCUACUAUGGGCAACUGGUUUAAAGACCAGACACAUUCAUUUGUAUGGAUUAUUUCAACUGCUAUUGUCUAAAGGCUGUGUUCAUUGUGAUCUAUCUGAAAAAAAGAUGAAAAGAUCAAAUAAAAAAGCAAUUACUUAUAA